CCUGACUAUUUUACCUGAAAUAUGGUCUGUGAGUUUCUAAACCACACCGGCUGUUUUAGGAGAAAUUUUGGCAUAUUGCAGAAGACAAAGCAGAAACCACAGAAAUACUUUUAGCAUUUCCCAAAAAAAUCUAAUAAAAUUAUAACAGCAAUUAUCAAAAUACAGGUUUCACCUAAUUUAAACCAUUAGAGACCACAAAUUCUAUUACUAAUGACCCUCAAAUGAAAACAGUAUAAAAUGUAACGCCGGACUGAACAUGCAUCAUUCACCAAUCUUCCAUCACUCGAAAACCAUCGAAAACUCCCCAAAAUGAAGGUGUUCACCAUCGUGAUGCUCUUAGCAGCAGUGAUCUUCGUGGAGUGUGGUCAUACCUUCAUGGGAACGAACAUCAUGAGGCCAGUACUCCUGCACCAGGAUGUGAAGUACCCGUCCAGAAUGUUCCGGAAGCGGGUGGAGUUCUUCAACUAUACCAUGCCCAUGUUUUAUGGGAGGACCAUCCAGGGCCUGUUAGCUUACGACCUGACACACUCUGACGCUUCCGCAAACGUGACGCAGGGUGGUAUUGGAUACAACUUCGUUCAGCUCCGUAUGAAGAGUGGUCGCGGCAGGGACUUGCAUUACGACGUUUACAUAUACUAAGCUUUAACAAAUAUAUAUUUUUACAUAUAUUUAUGUCCUUUUAUUUUAAAAACAACAUUUUCAACAGUUUUCUAGUUAGAUUAUCCUGUAAGAAAUUGAUACACAGAGACUUUAUGUAAGGAUAUGCAAGCUAAACUAUUAUAAUAUAUUGUUUUAAAGUAACUCUCUACAAGUAUGUAUAAUGUAAGCCGGAUGAUUGGGUGUGGUAGCGGAACUUGGGGGAGUCCUAGACUUACCUGUACAGCAGAGGACUUGAAUGACUCCGUAUCUAUGUGAUUAGGAAUGAAAUUUUGUUGCAAUCAGAGUGAUAUGGCAGCAUUAGCGCUAGAAGGAAAGUCACUUGUCUCGAUCUCCGUACCGCAGUGGUUACUGUGACUUAAUAGAUUUGGUUUACAAAAAAAGUUACCAUAUUCUUAAUAAGAUCCCUAUAUCUUUUAUAUAUCCCUAUAGGUUUUUUUUCCACAAUUUUCACAAAACGCUAAGCUAGUAUUAUGAGUACUAGA